CCUUUCUUUCCGGAAACGUACUUGAGUCAUGAACUGCAGAUAAGUUCCCAUCCUAUCCACUUUUUUGUAGGAAGCUAUCCACUUGUUUAUCAUUGCUUUAUCUCUCCACACUAUUUAUUAGUGAUAGUAUUGGUUGGAUUUUUGUGUCGAGGAUCCAUUCACACCUCUGAACCAUAAUCCUACUCCGGCGCUCUGCCCUGCCGUCCUCUCAUUUCGCUGGUCGCUUGGUGGUGUAGGGCUCUGUGGGGUGUGGGCAGCAGUCGCUUGCUUGAUUUGGGCCGUCGACUUGGAGCUAACGAGUGUAGUGUGAUCAUCCAUGGGGAAGAAAGGUAUAGUUGUGGCGACCACCGUCGCCGCCGUGAUGACUGUCAUCUUCGGGGUCAUCAGCGCGGUUUUCUUGGGACUGAGAAGCUAUCAGGAUGACCACGAUGACCGCAGCGUGUGUAAGUACGAGCGAUCGCCGGCGACCGCUUGCGGCGUCGUGGCGGCCGUGCUGGCGCUAACGACACAGAUUCUCGCCAGCAUAGCCAUCGGCUGCUGUGGGGCAUGGCAGAAUCCUAAGAGGGCCAAUCGCAUCGCCGCCGUCGUUUUCUAUGUCAUCUCAUGGAUCCUAGCGAUCAUAGCGAUGCUAGCUUUCCUGGGAGGCGCCUUAUUAGGGAUUGAAGGAUCUAUGGAGAAAACUGUUGGGAAUAGUAGUUGUGUCGGAGGUGUCGGAGGUGUCGCAGUUUUCGUGGAGGCGACAUUUCUAUUUCUUGUAGUUGUCGCCCUUGUGGUCUCCUCGUAUCUUCUUAUUCAGAAAAAUGACCACCACGAAGCAACCGCAGGCAAUAAUCCUCGUAUGUUACCAACCACUACAUCUCCUUCGGCACCAACAACUACAUCUAAAGACAGCGCCUACGCUUCUGCUCCUGUGCCAGCAAAUGAAGUCUGAAGUUAGCUCUGCCACUAUGCAACGGUUGUCUUUGCCUUCCAAAAGGAGGAACAUGCUUUCUGGACGUCGUAAGUGGAAGGCACUCGUUGCGGCCUUCCAUUCCAAAAUACUUGGUGGUUUUAGUUUAAAUUCAAACUAAAACCACAACAAGUAUUUUGAAACGGAUGGUGUACAUGCUUAUCGUUUCUUACAUACAUCAAUAAAUUGUUUUCGUAAUAUGGGUUUGAGGGCUACUUUUUAUCAUAUGGAUUGUACAUUUUUCAUAUACAGUAGAAACAUUUUUCUAUACUUGUUUACAUUUUUCAAAUAUAUGAUUAAUAUUAAUUUAGCUAUA